CACAUACAAGUUACAUCCACACUACUCCUGCGCGUAGUCGGCCGCCGCCUCCUGGACGGCCUCGUUGAGGUCCGCGAGCGCGUCGAUAUCGCCCUCCGCGGCGCCCAGGCGCCGCCUGAACGUCGCCUGGGCCCCCGCGUCCAGGCGGCCGAUGUGCGCCCGGAUCUCGUCGGCGAUCUGGUCCGGGCCCCAGCCGUUUUGAUCCGGCGCCGACGCCGUGGCGCGCGGCGAGUCCCAGGGCGACGCCGCCCCGCGGCGCGCCCGCUCCACCUCCACCCAGCUCCCGCCGGCCGCCGCGACGUCGACGCCGGCUUCGAGGUCAUCCCGUGGCGUAUCACGCGCCUCGCGCCGCCUUCUUCUCCUCUCCUUCCGCUCCUGCCUCUCCCGGCGCUGCUUCGACGCUCGCUUGAGCGGCGGGAUGCCCGUCAGCGUCGCGCGCGCCGCCGGCGAGUCCCAGGCCUCGCGCUCCCGCACGUCGUAGGUGCCCGUCCGGUACAAAUGCUUGAGGCCGUCCCAGUCGAGCGCGACGCCUCGAGCUUCCACGUCGUACAUGCGCCGGCCCCGGCUCCGCAUCACGAUGAUGAUGCCCAUGAGGAAGACCAGGGCCGAGGCGAAGCCGUAGAGGAGGUAGAGGUCGGCCUCGCUCGGGCCUCUUCUGGGCAUUUUGCCUCUUUGUGUGUGGGCUGCCCCUGGCCCAGCUUCCGGCGUCUCACUCGCAGCGUCCGAGCGUGUCUUUUCGUCCUUUGUUUUUCUUUGUUUGCUUUGUGUGCAGGCUGCCCAAGCUUCGUGGGCAGCGUAACUAGCGGCCUGUAA